GCCCAAAUCGAACGUGCCCCAGUAAUGCGGCCGCGUCCGUCUGCAAGCCUACUGUCGACGACGACGGCCAGUGUGUAACGGGUUUUUUUUUAAUUUUAAUUUUUUUUACUAUCGUUAUUACCGCCGUUGUUGUUUUUAGUCGUUGUUGUAGUUAUUGUUGUUGUUGUCGUUUUAUAUUAUUAUUAUUAUUUUUUUUAUUACCAUUAUUAUUAUUAUUAUUAUUAUUAAUAUUAUUAUCAUUAUCAUCAUCGACAUCGUUACACUGUUAUUUAAUCAUUUGGUCGGCCGACGACAGACACCCGACCGCUGUAAGUUGUCAUAUCGUUGUCGUCACCGUCAUUAUUUCGUAUUCGUUCUUAUUUUUUUUAAAUAAGUCUUUUCGUCCGUUCUAUUUAUUCGCACUCGCCUAAAUCGCAUACACUUAUUAUCGCCUAAUAUUUAAUAUCAUAUUAUCGUCACCGUCUUCCGCGACCGUCAACCGUCGGACACGAGUAAUCGGCAAUACCGUCGACAAGACGGACAGCAGACAGGAAUGGUGGUGCGGCCACGGCCCGCGAUGGAUUGCGACGAAUUGCGUGUCAUGCGGGCGCACCGUGCACCGUCGUCGGCGCGGCACUGAGACAAAAGGUCCAACGACGAUUGCCAGACGAAUGGGCGGAAAAAGAUUGACGGCUGACGGUCCGGUGUCCGGUUGAUGGCCGCGGAACGCGAUGCGGGCACCGGAUUCGAAAACAACGGCUGCGGCGGCCCGCGGCUGCCACCAAUCGGCGCGGCGGUGCGGUGGACUGCCGCGGCCGCCGUGGCCGCCGCACAGCCGGACAGUCAGAAGGAGAUCAGGUUCCCGAUCACAAAGCAGCCACCACCGUCCGCGCCGGCGCAGGCGCAGGAGCUGUACCGGCGGUUGCACAGCCGGUCACUGUCGUCGCUGCCGCCCGAGCCGUUCAUGAUAAUGCGGUCGAAGGCCCUCAACCGGAGAGUGUGCAUAAACGUGGGCGGCGUCAAGCACGAGAUACUGUGGCGGACCCUGGAGCGGCUGCCCCACACCAGGUUGGGCCGGUUGAGGGACUGCAACACGCACGAGGCCAUCUCCGAGCUGUGCGACGACUACUCGUUGGCCGAUAACGAGUACUUCUUCGACAGGCACCCGAAAUCAUUUAGCUCGGUGCUUAACUUCUACAGGACGGGCAAGCUGCACCUGGUCGACGAGAUGUGCGUGCUGGCGUUCAGCGACGACUUGGAGUACUGGGGCGUCGACGAGCUGUACUUGGAGUCGUGUUGCCAGCACAAGUAUCACCAGCGCAAGGAGCACGUGCACGAGGAGAUGCGGAAGGAGGCCGAGUCCCUGAGGCAGCGCGACGAGGAGGAGUUCGGCGAGGGCAAGUGCGCGCACUACCAGAAGAUGCUGUGGGACCUGCUGGAGAAGCCCACCACCAGCAUCGCGGCAAGGGUGAUAGCUGUGAUAUCGAUACUGUUCAUCAUUAUGUCGACGGUGGCGCUGACGCUCAACACGAUACCGUCGCUGCAAGUGGAGACGAAGGGGGUGAUCCAGGACAACCCAGUGUUCGCCAUGGUGGAGCUGGUGUGCAUCACGUGGUUUACCCUCGAGUACCUGCUCCGGUUCAGCGCAUCACCAAACAAGUGGAAGUUCUUCAAGGGUGGCCUGAAUGUGAUCGACCUGCUGGCCAUACUACCGUACUUCGUGUCACUAAUAUUGGUGGCCGAAACGGACAAGACGGACACGCACCAGUUCGACGACGUGCGCCGCGUAAUACAGAUAUUCCGAAUCAUGCGCAUACUCCGCAUACUCAAACUGGCCCGGCACUCCACCGGCCUGCAGAGCCUCGGGUUCACGUUGCGCAACUCGUACAAAGAGCUUGGCCUGCUCAUGCUGUUUCUGGCCAUGGGCGUGCUGAUAUUCUCCAGUUUGGCGUACUUCGCCGAGAAGGAGGAGCCGGGCACCAAGUUUCUGUCCAUACCCGAGACGUUCUGGUGGGCCGGCAUCACCAUGACCACCGUUGGCUACGGCGACAUAUACCCGACCACGGCCCUGGGAAAGGUCAUCGGCGGCGUCUGUUGUAUCUGCGGCGUGCUGGUUAUUGCGCUGCCCAUUCCAAUUAUCGUCAACAAUUUUGCCGAGUUCUAUAAAAACCAGAUGCGACGAGAGAAGGCGCUCAAGCGACGCGAGGCGUUGGAGCGCGCCAAGCGUGAGGGAAGCAUCGUCUCCUUCCACCACGUCAACCUCCGGGACGCGUUCGCCAAGAGCAUGGACCUGAUUGACGUGAUCGUCGACAACGAGAGCGACAUUCCGAAGCUGUCCAAGCAGAAUUCGCUAAGAUCACACGUUGGCAGCAAUUAUUCGCAGUACGAAGGGACAAGCAGCGGAAGCGAGACGGUCCCGUUGAAGCCGGCACCGGCGCGGGGUGCCGCGACCGCCAAACCGGAACAUCAGACGCUGUUGGACAUCGACAAUCCGGAACAAAACGCCAAUUCGUUUGGAAAACCGUUCGAGAGCUCGGAGAAUAUGACCGUGAGUUGUUUUAUCGAAAAAUUAGACGAAAAUUUCAAUGAGUUCGAAUGUUGCUCUUGUAGACAAAAGGAGGUCAAGGAGUACUUGGACGCGGAACAUCUGACACCGUACCCGACCAGUGAUCUGCGAACGCCACUCAGCGUGGAGAUGAGAACGCUUAAGGAGGCCGACGGAUCGUCGUCCGGCGGCGGUCAGUGGCGUUCGCGCAACGAGGUGGGCAGCGUUGACAGUUCGGACACGUACAUCAGCUGCAAGUCGCAACCGUUCCAUUCACAGGGUGACCUGACUGCAGCCGACGACCUGCACGACACCGUUUUCGAGCCAGCUGGUCACGUCCCGGCCAGUGGCCCCAUCACCGCCGGUAAGGGCAGUGGCGUCAAUGACUCCAACCUGUAUGUCAACCCCUUAGAGAGCGCCGGUGGUAAAGGUGGCAAAGGGGGCCCACCCCGGAGCUUGGGCACGUCGCCGAUGGACGAGUGCAAGGAGUUCUCGGGCCGGACUGCGGCAGUCGGUAGUCGCGGAAGCCUGAACGAAACGGCCAAACAGCGGAAGACGAGAUUUUCGCAACAAUCAAACAUAGGAGAAAGUUUUUUUGGCCGAUCGUCUCAGGAAAGUUUGGAUGGCGGCGCACGAAAACGACGACCUUCGUUCGGGUUGUCGUCAAAAACAUUGACUAAUGCUACAAGAAUAAUCAAUCAACAUUUGUUCGGGUUACCACUAAUAUCUAAUAAAACAGGGAAAAGCGGCAAGUCCUCGCCGUCGGUGUCGGCUGAAUCUAUAAACCGUUCGCCGGAACCACAUCGGAGGUCCAAGUCGAUACUGAAACGGCACCAGAACCAAGGGUCGUCGCAAACAUCGCAAGACUCACCGUCCGGUAACCACGCGAGGAUAGGCAUCCGGCGAACGGCACACGUGGACCCGGAAACGGAAAAGCUCAUACCCGACAAUCUGUCCGACUGUUCGCCGGGCAAGAGUCCGAUGUCCCCGCAGCAGCAGCAGCAGCAGCAGCUCCAACCGCCACUGCAGGAACAGCAGCAGCAGCAACCCCAGUCGCCACUGCCGCUGCCCCUGCAGCAGCAACAUCCGCAACAGCCCCGGCACAACAACAACCACCACCACCAGCAGCAAAACCACCACCGCCGGAACAAUAACCACCUCCACAACAACAACAACAACGGCCGGACUACUGGUGGCGGCAGUGGCGGCGGAGGCGGCGGUAGAGCGCCCGUCGAAGUGGCGCUGCUGCAGGACCUGCUCGAAGACUCGGGCGGACCGAUAUUCAUAUGCCCGCCACCGCCUCCCAUGAACGACAACACCGACAAGAGGUACUCGUAGCCGCCGCACUACGGGCCUACUAUAUAUUAUAUACGUAUAUUAUGAUAUAUUAUGUGUGAAAUCGUAUAUUGCCACUCUCGCAGCAAGCAAAAUUCGCAGACGCACGCGUAGAAUAUAUGAUACGAAGACAAUAAUAAUAAUAAUAAUAUAAUUAUAAUAUAAUAAAAAUAUAUAUAUACAACUCGCUCGUCAUUAGCUAUAUAUACGUAGUAUAUUAUUAUAUAUAUGUUUUAUUAUAUUAUACGAUAUAUAAUAUAUUAAAUGUACCACAACAGCAGCACUGUCGUCUGAAUCAAGUGUGCCGCCACUGCAGCAGUGAAAUCGCGAGCGUAUAUUAUGAGCGCAUCCUAACUAUUAGCCGCUAUACGUACCUAUGUGUAAAUUUUUUAUUAAUUUGUCGACGCGCAGUCGACGUUUGCAAGAACACCGCCCGGCUGGGGUACCUAUAUAGUGGUUGCGCCUUCGUAUUAUUUUAACAAUACAUUUUACGUUAUAAUAAUAAUAUGUAUCAUGUAUAUAUACGACCGCGAGAACAACGUAUAUAUCAUCUAUAUAUUAUAUUAUGUAUUUAUAUGAUAUAUUA